GCGGGGGCGCCCCGGACCUCGCCAUGCCGCGCCCAGCGCCCCGCCUGUGGCUCGCGCUGCACGUCCUGGGCUCGUGCGCCGCCAUAGGCUCGGUGGACCUGGAGCGCGCAAGCGACGGCCAGUGCCAGCCCAUCGAGAUCCCCAUGUGCAAGGACAUCGGCUACAACCGCACGCGCAUGCCCAACCUGAUGGGCCACGAGAACCAGCGCGAGGCGGCCAUCCGGCUGCACGAGUUCGCGCCGCUGGUGGAAUACGGCUGCCACGGACACCUGCGCUUCUUCCUGUGCUCGCUCUACGCGCCCAUGUGCACCGAGCAGGUCUCCGCGCCCAUCCCCGCCUGUCGCAUCAUGUGCGAGCAGGCCCGGCUCAAGUGCUCGCCCAUCAUGGAGCAGUUCCACUUCAGGUGGCCCGACUCGCUGGACUGCAGCCGGCUGCCCAGCCAGAACGACCCCAACUACCUGUGCAUGGAGGCGCCAAGCAACGGUUCCGAGGAGCCCAGCCGCGGCGCCGGCCUCUUGCCGCCACUCUUCCGGCCGCAGCGGCCCCCAGGCAGCGGCGCGCAGGAGCACUCGGCCCAGGACGGGGCCGCGGGGCGCGCGGGCUGCGACAACCCGGGCAAGUUCCACCACGUGGAGAAGAGCGCGUCGUGCGCGCCGCUCUGCUCGCCCGGCGUGGACGUGUACUGGAGCCGGGCGGACAAGCGCUUUGCUGUGGUCUGGCUGGCCGUGUGGUCGGUGCUCUGCUUCUUCUCCAGCGCCUUCACUGUUCUCACCUUCCUCAUCGACCCCGCGCGCUUCAGGUACCCGGAGCGCCCCAUCAUCUUCCUGUCCAUGUGCUACUGCGUGUACUCCGUGGGCUACAUCAUCCGCCUCUUUGCAGGGGCCGAGAGCAUCGCGCGCGACAGAGACAGUGGCCAGCUCUAUGUCAUCCAGGAGGGGCUGGAGAGCACGGGCUGCACUCUGGUUUUCCUGGUGCUCUACUACUUCGGCAUGGCCAGCUCGCUCUGGUGGGUGGUCCUCACACUUACCUGGUUCCUGGCCGCUGGCAGGAAGUGGGGCCAUGAGGCCAUCGAGGCCACCAGCAGCUACUUCCACCUGGCAGCCUGGGCCAUCCCGGCCGUGAAGACCAUCCUCAUCCUGGUCAUGCGCAGGGUGGCGGGCGACGAGCUCACCGGCGUGUGCUAUGUGGGCAGCAUGGAUGUGAACGCCCUGACAGGCUUCGUGCUGGUGCCACUGCUCUGCUACCUGCUCGCUGGCACGUCCUUCAUCCUGUCAGGCUUCGUGGCCCUGUUCCACAUCCGCAGGGUGAUGAAGACUGGCGGGGAGAACACGGACAAGCUGGAGAAACUGAUGGUGCGCAUCGGGGUGUUCUCGGUGCUGUAUACCGUGCCGGCCACCUGUGUGAUCGCCUGCUACUUCUAUGAGCGCCUCAACAUGGAGCACUGGAAGGCGCUGGCCGUGCAGCACCGCUGCCGCGUGGACAACCAGACCAAGACUCUGGACUGCCUGAUGGCCGCCUCCAUCCCCGCUGUGGAGGUCUUCAUGGUCAAGGUCUCCAUGCUGCUGGUGGUGGGUAUCACCAGUGGGGUGUGGAUCUGGACAUCCAAGACCCUGCAGUCCUGGCAGCAGGUCUGCAGCCGCAGGUUGAAGAGGAAGAGCCGCAGGAAACCAGCCAGCGUCAUUACCAGCGGGGGGAUUUAUAAAAAAGCCCAGCACCCCCAAAAGCCACACCUGGGGAAGUUUGAGCUCCCCGUGCAGCCACCUUCCUGCAUGUGAGGGGAGAGGACAGGCGCAGG